AUGUAUCGUCAGCUUCAAGCACGAAGACUGUUUUCCAAGCUCACGCCGCUAUUCAAAAGCGGGGAUUUGAAGCCUGUUUAUCGCCCCCACCAUGCAAACCCCAAGAAUAAAACACGAUCAUUUCAAAAACAUCUACCAGCCACCAAAGAAAAAUUGAAACCUUGGGAAGCAGAGAAUAUCAGCAAGGAUAGAUUUUUUAAACGUAAAUAUGGACACAUGUCCGAGGAAAGGCGAAGUUCAUUACAGGAGAAAGUUGCGAGACAAAGGAGGUAUCGAGAAAUGAAAAAAGCGCAUGAGAAACAAAAGCUAGAGGCGGAAAUUGGGUUCAAAAGAUCACGCGAUGAGAUUAAUUACGAUGGACAAAGUGCUAAGGAAAUUAUCGAAAGCGGUAAUAGUGGUGGGUUAAGCACUUUUUUUGAGUUUGUUUACGGUACUCACCCGAUAAAAUCUGUGUUGCAAGCUCGAAAGAGACCUAUCUUGGGUUUAUAUACAUUUAAUGCGGAUGAUGAUAAUGGAGUUAUAAAGCAAGCUCAGAAAGAGUACGGUAUAAAGGCUCAGCGGGUGAGGGAUAAAAAUGCGUUGAAUGUAUUGUCAAAAAAUGGUGUGCAUAAUGGUUUGGUUUUGAAGACGAAAGCAUUGGAUAUGCCUUACAUCAAAAAUUGUGGUCACGCAGAAAAUGGAACUUACACAGUCACAGUUGAGGAUGAAGACGGCGUAGAUUCGGAAAAAGAAUUAACCGUUUUGAGAAAGAAGGAUAAUGAUGAAGUAAAUGAGCUAUUCCCGUUGGCCUUAUUUCUAGACGAAAUCACCGAUCCACAAAACAUGGGUUCUAUUUUGAGAACUGCAUACUUUUUUGGAAUUGACUUUAUAGUGAUUCCUGAUCAUUCUAGUGCAAAAUUGGGACCUGUGGCCAAUAAGGCAUCAUCAGGCGCGUUGGAUUUAAUUGAUAUUUAUCAAACUGAUAGAAGCUUGAAAUUUAUUGAUUCUGUUCGUGAAAAUGGGUGGAAUGUGAUAAGCACCAGUGCCAAACCAGAUGAAUCAAAUUUAGAGGAAUUGAAAGACAAGGAUCAUAAGAUCGAAAUGAGCUUGAAGGACAAAUUCAUAAAUUUGGAUAGUUUGAAAACCAUUUUGAAACGAACCCCCGUAAUGUUGGUUAUUGGUAGUGAGGGCAAGGGUGUGCGAACUAAUAUGAAAUUAAGAAGUGAUUAUCUCGUGGGUGUUCAGAAACACAGAGAAAAUGAUGACAUUGUGGACUCGUUGAAUGUUGGAGUUGCAACCGGAAUCAUAGUCCAAAGCUGCUUGUGA